GUGAGUUGUAUGGCGGCGUUGUGCUGUGACGCUGUAGUUGACGUGGCCACUACGUAUUCUGCUAAUUUAUCCACUCCGAUUGCGGCAAAGUUGGUGACGAAAAGUACGUUAACUGCAAUAUACUAAUUUGUUUGAAUGUCUAAUAAACACUUUAAUAUGCAGUACAAUAAAUGAUGAACAUGGAUGGAAUAAAUAUGGCUAUUACAGAGAUUGGCUUGAUUGUCCUUCUGGAUACCUGUAGUCAACUCUAAUUUGUACUAUUAUUGCCAAGCUGGGAAGAACUUUCAUCUACAUGACCUUUGACGUUAUUACUUUCGAUGUUGGCCAAGAUAACAGAGUAGAGAAUGUCUGAAGUGCCAACCUCACAGACCAGUGAGAUUGAAAACGGCUCGCAGGAGAUAUCUAUUGUGCAUGUGACAAUACCUAACCAACCAGUCCAAGUGCAAUCUGUUAUACAAUCUAGCCAUCAACCAUCAGUGAUACAGACAACUGGCCCAAAUGUUCAGACUAUUCAGGUAGCUACAGUAAAUGAUGAUAUGACAGAUGGUGCUGAAGGAAGAAAGAGGAGAGAGAUAUUAGCUAGAAGACCUUCAUAUCGUAAAAUUUUGAAUGAAUUAUCGUCCGAGUGUCCACCUAUCAAAAUUGAGGAACCUACAAAUCAAGACGGUCAAGAGACCACUGAAGCAGCUUCAAACCUCAGUACAAAUUCCAUACAGUACCAGCCUGCAACAGUAUACAGCCAGAUGGAAGGUUUGCCAUUAGUCCCAUCUGGUGCCAUCCAAAUAACUACACAUCCAGAAGGAACAGUGGCUGGUCAAGGUCUUCAAACAUUAACAAUGACCAAUGCAAAUCCAUCAUCUGGUGCUGGUACAACAUCUGGUACUGCCACUAUUGUACAGUAUGCCCAAGGUCCUGAUGGACAAUUUUUAAUUCCUGUUACAGUUGGUGGCACAAAUGUGCAGGCUUACCAGAUUGCGACAUCUUUGCCUCAAGGUGUUGUUAUGGCAACCACUGGAAGUCCAAUUACCAGUCCUCAACAAUUAUCAGAAGAAGCAGCUCGGAAGCGAGAACUUCGUCUAUUAAAAAACAGAGAGGCAGCUUCAGAAUGUCGACGGAAGAAGAAAGAAUAUGUGAAAUGCCUGGAAAAUCGAGUAUCUGUUCUGGAAAAUCAAAACAAAACAUUAAUAGAGGAAUUGAAGGCAUUAAAAGAAUUGUAUUGUCAAAAAGAUGGAUAAAUUGGAUUUUGGCGAUUAUGUUCUCCCUAAAUAUGAAGAGGCAACACAGCAGUUCGCUGGUCUCACUCUUCGAACAAUUUGAGUUUUAACUUUUAUUUCAACCACAGUUUACUACAAACAAUUGCAUCUUCAAAUCACUUCAAAAUAAUAAAUACAAAUAAAGUCUUUUGUUUUUU